AAGAACGAAGACUCAGCUCUAGUCAACGUAGUACUGCAUCUCUUCCACUUAGUGAACAUGAACAUGGAGAACAUAAAUUAGCGCAAAGUUACGGAUCUGGAAAGAUCGAUCUUGAAUCUCCUGAAUUCAAUGAGCAUGAAGUAAAACAUGAUUUUGAACGAAGACUCAGCUCUGGACAAGUUAGCACUGCGUCUCUUCCACUUACGAAGCGCGAAGAACAUGAAACUCAGCAACAUCCUAAAGAAGAUGACCACGAACCACAACCAAGCUCUCGAACAACGUCAACUACAUCUCAUGAAGAGAUUGAACCAGAAGAUAAGCACAAACUCACGCCAAAAUCAAGCAUCGGUCAACUCAGUACUCAUUCAGCACAACUAAGUGAACAUGAAGUUGAAGAAACACGUUCUACACCAGAACGAAAAACUAGUAUCGGUCGACUCUCAACUGAAUCUUCUCCAACCGUCGAACACAAAGAUUAUGAGCAUGAACAAUUACCGAGUCACACGGAUACUUCGGCCAAAUCUGAUGAAGAAACUGAAGAAGAAGAACAUCCAUUACAACAAAGUUUUGUUUCUGACAAAAGCAAUGUUGAAUCUUCUCACGUGAGUGAACAUGGAGACGAAGAACAUCACAUCAUCAGCUCCAAACCAGCUUCCAUCGUACAAACACCUGAACAAGAACGAAGAUUCAGUUCUGGAAAAGUCAGUGUUGCGUCUCUUCCACUCAUUCAACAUGAAGUUGACCAUCAACGGCAUCAUGAUGCAGAUCACUUUCAAAGACAACCGAGUUCUUCAGCAAUCUCUGUGACUUCUCAUGAAGAGAUUGAACCUGAACAUGUAGAAAAACUAACACCAAAAUCAAGUAUUGGAAAACUUAGUACUGAAUCUCUACAAUACAGUGAACACGAAGAUGAGGAACAUCACAUCAUCAGCUCCAAACCAGCUUCCAUCGCACAAACACCUGAUCAUGAACGAAGACUCAGCUCUAGUCAACGUAGUAUUGCAUCUCUUCCGAUUAGUGAACAUGAAGAUCAUGAAGUUGACCAUCGACAGCAUCAUCAUGCAGAUCAGUUUCAAAGACAACCAAGUUCUUCAGCAAUCUCUGUGACAUCUCAUGAAGAUAUUGAAUCUGAACAUGUAGAAAAGGUAACACCGCAAUUCAGUGAACAUGAAGACGAAGAAGUGCAUCAUUCACCAGAACGAAAAGUUAGCAUUGAUGAAGUUUUAGCUAAAUCUUCUCCAACAGUAGAACAUAAAGAUUAUCAACAUGAACAAUUGUCAACUCAGAAAGAUAGUGCCGCCAGAUCUGAUGAAGAAAUUGAAGAAGAAGAACAUGAACUACAACAAAGCUUCGUUUCUGAAAAGAGUAAUGUUGAAUCUACUCAUAUGAGUGAACAUGAAGAUGAAGAACAUCACAUCAUCAGAUCCAAGCCAGAUUCGGUCGUACAAACACCUGACAACGAACGAAGAUUCAGCUCUGGAAAAAUCAGUACUGCCUCUCUUCCACUUAGUGAACAUGAAGAUGAAGAAGCACGUUAUUCACCAGAACGAAAACUUAGCACCGGUCGUGUCUCAGUUGAGUCUUCUCCAACAGUCGAACACACAGAUUAUCAACAUGAACAUUUACCAACUCAUCAAGAUACUUCAGCCAAAUCUGAUGAUGAAAUUGAAGAAGAAGAACAUGAUCACGAACCAUUGGAACGUUCUAUUCAAUCACGUAUGGAUUCCUUUCAUGACGUGAGUGAAGACAAGGAAGAUGUAAAAGUUCAAUACGAUUUCGAACAAAAAUUAAGUAAGGAUCAGACUCAUGUUGAAUCACCAUCAGAAGCUGUAGAUCAAUUAGAACGCAAACGAAGUGUUGACAGCGUUGUUUCAGAACCUCAUCGUGAUAGUGAACAUGAAGAAGAACAAUAUGAACAUAAUAAAGAAGAAAAACCUGCAGUAGAAGAUGAAUUCCAACUUGAACGAAAACUAAGCAGUGAAAAACUCGUUAAAGAAUCUGAAGAAUUCAGCGAAGAUGAACAUAAAUUAGAACCACAACUAAGUUCUGGAAAAGUUAGUAGUAUAUCACCACGUACAAGUGAACGUGAUGAAGAUGAAGAUCAUUAUCAACGACAGAUCAGUGCUGACCAAGUAUCUACUCAAAGUUCUCAUAAAACUGAAGAAGAACGAUUUCAUGAACGUGAUGAUGAUGAUGAUGUCAUUAUCGAAACAUCACAAGAAACCGAAGAAGAUAAAACGAAACAAGAUGAUGAAGUAAAAUCGAAACAAAAAUUAAGCAAUGUUAAAUUUAUGGUUUCAUCUGCUCCAUCAUCUGAGGAAGAAGAAAAAGAAUCGGAAAAAGGAGAUGAAGAAACAGAACAACAGUAUCACUUUCAACAUGAUGAACAAAACAAAGCUCAACAUAAAACAACCAGUGAAUCAUCUGAUGAAAACCAAGAAGAUAGUUUCAAACGUAGAAUAAGUACCGGUGAUAUUCCUGUUCAAUCAUCUCAUGAAAGUGAACAUGAAGACGAAGAAGAUCUACAUGCAAAAGAAUCCAUCACUACAUCUCAUUUAUCCGAUAAAGAAGAACAGUAUCAAUCUGAACAUAAACAAAGAUCUGAAACAGAAGAAAAUGACAAUCAAUAUCAGGAUGAUUUUGAUACUGAAGAACCCUAUGUACCUGACGAGAAUGAACAAGAUCAACAUAGUCGAUUUUCAACAUCUGAUAAAGCUUCAAUUGGAUCUGAUCGACAAAUCGAAGAAGAAAAACCAGAACGUAAAUUGAGUAGCAAUCAAGUGGUUAUUAAAUCAUCUCAUGAAAGUGAACACGAAGAGGAAGAAGAUGAUAAACAUCAAAAAGAAUCUAUUAGCUCAACACAUCAAUCAGAUGAAGAAGAACAAUAUCAUGACGAACAUAAACUUGAACGACAAUCAAGUGUUGAUAAAAGCGAACAAAAACAAGAUGCAAAAAAUAUUGAAUAUGAACGAUUAAUAAGUGCAGGACAAGUUGCACUUUCUUUUCCUCAACAAUCUGAAGAAGAUCAAUAUGAACAAAGUUCAAUUACAGAAGAAAACGAACGAGAAUUAAGUGAUGAUGGUUUUGUUAAUCUUGAAUCAUCAUCGGUCCAUGAGCAAACAAAACGUUCACAAGAAUGGACACAUUCAUCAUUUCAACGUGAUGAAAUCUAUGGAGAUAAAUAUCGACCAGCUAAAUAUGCUCUUGAACCACCAGACUUGACAGAUAUUCAACAUACAUCUGAUUCAAAUGAACUUGAACCACCAGUAAUAUCCCAUAUUCAACGUUCAUCUAUUAUAUCUCGUACGAUUCCAUCUUAUCAAGAUGAAGAAGAAUUAGAACAUUCAGAUGAAACUGAUUUUCGACCAACACAUCUUGAUAUUUCAGUACCAGAUGAAACCGAAGAUACUUCAUUAUUAUCAAAUGAAAAUAAUCAAUAUGAAAAAGUUCUUAUUGAAACAUCAAAUAGUUUUGUUAAUCAAAUAUUAAAUGAUGCUGUUAAUGAAACAAUUGAACACGAAAAAAAUUAUUCAUUAUAUCAAACUGCUACUGGCAUCGUUACUGAUGUUAUGGAUAAUAUUUAUACAAAAUAUGAUGAUGAAAUUCUUUCAUCACAACGUGAAGAAGCAACUAGUGCUGAUGUAUCAAUAAGUGAUUUAACAGAUUGGUCAUCACUUGUUAGAAAUACUCCUGAUUUAACAAUUCAAGAACAACCAUUAACCAUUUCAAGUAAUGAAAUAGAAUUAAAUAAAGAAGAAUAUUUAACAUCGGAUGAUGAAGAAAAAGAUAAAUUACCUUCACAUAUAACGGAUGAACCAUAUUUAUCUGGUACAGAUAUUAAUAAAUCAAAAUCAACACAUGAAAUUCAUGAUCUUGUUCAAGAUUUACAAACAUUUGAACGAGAAAUCAAUGAUAAUGUCGAUGUUAUUCGUUCAUCAUCACCUUCAUCGUCAUCAUCUCAAUCAGAUAAUGAUGAAAUUCAUCAUUAUGAUUUAGAACUUCAAGAAAAAAUAGCUACACCAUUCAAUAAUGAAGCAACAAAUCUUAUUUCUGAAUUACAAACUAUUGAAGAAAAAUUUGAUCAUUUACAACAUGAAGAAAAUCUACCAACAACAACAGAUGUUGAUACAUUAUCACGUAGUAUAAAUCAAUAUCGUCGUGAAUCAAUAAGUGCAUCAGAUGAUUAUUCACAUCAUAUUGAACGUCGACCAUCAAGUCCACCAACAUCACCAUUACGUAAAGAACAAUUUGUUCAUAUAACAUGUUCAUCAAUGAAUGAUGUUGAUCAAGUUCAACAACAAUUACAAAAUGAACACGAAGAAACUCAAGUUUUACAAGAUAUGAUUGAUACAAUUAUUAAACAAGCACAAGAACAUAUACAAUCAAAUUCAUUAAAUGUACCACAAUUAAAAAGAAAAUCUAUUCCAACAAUUCUUGUUGAUGAACGUCGUGUACCCUAUAUUCAAUCAUCAGCAACAAGUAUAUCGGAUGAAUUAGAUCUUUCACAUGAAGAUAGUACCGGUGAUCGAUCAACUGAAUUAGCAGCUCAACUUGAUUAUCUACGACGUAUGUCACGUUAUGAACAUUUAAUGGAUGAACAACAUCAUAUUGAAACAGUAUCACUUGAUAAUAAUCAAACGAUUGAUACAGAUGCAAUAUCACAAACAAAUUUAGCUAAUAAUAGAAGUACUGGUGUUGAUGAUGAAGAAUUAUUAUCAAGUAAUUAUUUGACUAUUACUCGUGACGAAGAACAACAAUCACCAUCAUCUGAUGAACAUGAAGAAGAAGAUGAAGAUAAAGAAAAAAAGAAAAAACGUAAAAGUACUCCUGAUGAUGAUCAUAAAUCUUUAUCUGAACAUCAUGAUUCAGACGACGAUGAUGAUAAUGAUGAUCAUAAAGGUGAUAAACCAUUGAUAUCAACAAAUAUUCAAGAAACUAUUCAAUCAGAACCAACUCAACAAUCAACACCAACUGAUUCAAAUGAAAAACAAACUCAACAACAAGAACAAAAACAACAAGAAAUGGAAAUGAGUCGUGAUUCAAUAAGUGAAUUAAUGCUUAUGAGUCAAGAUUCCCUUAAACAUCAACGUUCAUUUGAUUCUCUUGAUUCUGAUCAAGAAAUAAAACUACUUUCAUCAAAUACUUCACAAAUACAAUCAAAUGAAAUCGAUGAUUUUCUAACUACGGAACAUCAAAGUGAACCAACACCAAGUCGUAUGAUGACAAACUAUGUUGAUGAUACUUCAAAUAAUAACAUUAAAUCAACCAAUGAACAAUAUCCAUUAAUAUCAAAUGAAAUCGAUAUUGGACAAUUACCUGUUAUACAUGCACGACGUACAGCUAGUGAAAAUAGUUUAUUUAGUACAUCAUCAUCAUCAUUACAUAUGUAUGAUGGUCAUUCAUUAUCAACAUCAUGUUUAAUGGAUAAAGAUGAUUUAACACCAUCAAAUGAAUACAUUGAUUAUCAACAACAAAUGUUAUAUGAUGAUUCACAAAAAAAUCAACAAAUUUAUCGUGAAACAACACGAACAGAUGAUGAUGAUAAUAAUAAUAAUAAUGAUGACAUGAAUAAUAUUAAUGUAAGUACAUCACCAUCAACAAGUAGCGUUGGUUUCUUUGAUCGUGUUAAAGCAUUUGUUACUAAACCAGUUGAAAUUGUUCAAGAAGCUAUGGAAAAUCGUCGUAAACAACGUUCAACAUCAUCAUUAAAUAGUAAUACAGAUACAAAUGAAAAACAAUCAUUAGAUAAUGAACAUGAACAAAAAUUUUUAUCAUCAUCCGAACAACAUUUUCAUUCUGUUUAUGAUCUACAUGAUGAAGAUCAAAAUCAACUUGUUCAUAGUCCAGAAUUAUACAAUAUGAAUAAUCUUAGCGAUAAAACUUUCUUACCACAUUUACAUGUACAAAAUCGUACACAAUCCGAAUCAGCAUUAACUAUUGAUAAUACAAAACGUGGUAGUUUAGUAACAACAAGUAAUGAUAUAUCUGAAGAAUAUUUACCAGCAAUAUCAAAAGAUAAUUCAUUAGAAUUUAUGUAUGAACAACAACAUCGACUUUCAACACCAUAUGAUGAUGUUAUGGAAAAAGAAUCAAGUCCUGAACAUUCAGAUUCAUAUAAUCUACCAACAACAGCUUUUUUAGAUACAUUCGAACCAACAAGUAGUAGUCAAAGACCAUUAGCACUUAGUGUACCUGGACAACAAUCACGACAAAUUGAUGAAACAAUGACAGAAGAAGAAUUUGAUAUACUUACAACUGAUUAUGUUAAUCAAGUAUUAUAUGAUGUCGUAGCAAAAAUGGGUGGUGAUCAGGACGAUUCUUCUCAUAGUAACAAAAGUGAUAAACUAUCCGAUAAUGAUACUUCAUCUGAUGAUGAAGAUGAAGAUGAACAAAAACAAAAUCAAAUACCAACAGAUACAAGUUCAUUUGGUUUUACUGAUCGAUAUAGUGCUGAUGAAUCAUCAAAUACACGUGAACAUACAGAUGAUGAAGAUCAUUCAGCUCGAUCAUCAACAACAGCAACACCAACUAAAAAUCUUCGUCAUUCACAUACAGAUACAGAAAUACUUAAUAUUGAAAAAUCUUCAAAUAUAUCAAUACCAACAACUAUUCAGUAUGGCUCUCCAUCUGAUACAGGAACAUUUCAUAGUGCAAUAUCACCAUCAAGUGGUGCUGAUUAUAUUGAUGUUCAUAGUACACUUUCAACUGUUGAUGGUGAUGAUAAAUCAAAUCUACAACCACCAACACAAUCAAAUUCUAGUCAAUAUUUAACAGCUAAUGAUGAAACACCAAAUUUUUUAACAUCAGAUGAUAAUGAAUAUGCUGAAGAAAGUGGCACAAUUAAUUAUAGUUAUAAUGAUUCAAGUUCGGACGAAAAAUUUUCUAAUGAAAAUCGUUCAAAUAAAAAAUAUUCAGGUGAAGGUGAAGAAAGUAGUAGUGGAAAUCAAGAUGAUAUUCAACGACGAAAACGUUCAAAUGAACAACGUGAAUCAAUAAAUAAUAAUAAUAAUACAACAGAUAAUCUUUCGACAAAAACUGUUUCAUUUAAAUUAGAUCUGAAUGACAAUGCUUUACAUUCACCACGUUCAUCAACAAGUAUUGGAUUUAAUAUUAAUCGAGAAGAAAGUGUUGAUUCACCAAUCGAUGAUUCAAAUGAAAAAAAUCUAAUAAAAAAUUUACAAGAAGAAAUUCUUCGUACAAAUUUAGAAACAUUAAAAAAUGAUUUAGAAUUACCUGAUAAUCAAAUUUAUUCAUCAUCAAUCGUACCACAAUUAACAACAACAACAACAACAAAUAAAACGAUAUAUUAUUCGGAUUAUGAUGCUGGUAGUGAAAGUGAUCGUGAUUCAACAUUAGUUGAUUCAUUAAAAUCUACUAUACAAACAGAAUUAAAUGAUAUUUAUAAUGAAAAAGAAUCGUUAAUUGAUAAAAUCAAAUUAAAAUUUGAACGUUCAUUAGAUCGUUUAAUUGAAAAAACAUUAUCUGGUGAUGAUGAUACAAAUAAAUCUGAUCUUAUAUCACCAUUUACAGAUACAAGUUUAAAUCGUUCAUUACCAGCAAGUGAACAUACACCAACAACAAUGAUGCAUGCACAUAGUGAACAAACUUUACAAGCAUGUCCAGAUGAACUCGAUUAUGGUACAUUACAACGUUUUAGUUCUGAUAGUUGUAUAAUUAUUCGUGUACCUGAACAAUAUACUCCAUCCUCAACAUUGUUUUUUGAUCAACUUAAAAAUGAACAAUUAGAUCAAAAAAUAAAAAGUAAUCAAACAACAUCUGCAUUUAGUUUCUAUUCAAAACAAGAACAUCAACAACAACAACAACAACAACCGCAACCAUCAAGUAGUCCAAUUGAAAUGUUAACAGCAACAACAACAGAAAAUGAUACACUUGAUAAUAUUUCACCAAUUAAUCGUUAUACACCACGUUCAUUAGAUGAUUCAUCACUUGAUUUUGGUGAACGUGAUAUGACAGAUAUGUCCGAUGAAUUUGUUCUAGUUAAAAAUAUAUCACCAUCAAUAAAUACUACAAAAGAAGUUAAACGUGAUACACCAUCAAAUUCAUCAUCAAGUUCAUCAGAUAAACAUGAAAGUCCGGAUUUAAUUGAUAUUCUUCAACAUCAAUGUGAUUAUCCACCACUUGAUACAGGUUUUGAUUUACGUUCAGGUACAACAUUAGAAACAGUUUAUGAAAGUCCUGAAUUACGUAAUGAUGAUACUAAAUCAGUUGGUAGUGUAUUAAGUUUAACAACAGCUGAUAUACUUCGACCAUUUUCAACUGAAUAUAAUUCAUCAAAUACACCAAAUACAGAUGAUUCAUUAAUGGAAUUUGAACGUAUUGAAAUGGAAUUAUUAAGAAAUUCUUCUUUAGGAAAUGUUAACGAUGUUUCACGUGAAAUACGUUCAUCAGUUGAUUCAUUAAUACAACAAAAUGAAAAUAAUACAAAUAAAGUCGAAUCAUUUAUUGAAAAACAUUUUCCAUCAAUUGAUAAUGAUGUUCAAAAUGUCCUUAAUGAUAUUCUUGAUAUGACAGGUGAUUUAACACAUUCAAUAUCUUCACAAUCGGAUGCAACAACUGUUAUUGAACGAUCUCAACAUCAUUCAAUAGAUGAUGAUUUUGUUCAAGUUACACAUGAAGAUAUCGAAAAUCAAGAAAAAAAUAGAUUUUCAUCAGAUGACGAUCUUCUUCAUAAUCAAACAACAUUAUCUAGUCAUGAUAAACGUCGUUUAUCAGCACCUAUACAUGAUCAAUCAACAAGACGUAUUAAGACUCCUUCAUCAAGUUCCUCUUCCUCAUCCUCAUUUUCUUCAACAUCUCGUUCUGUGAUAUAUUCUCAGCAACAUUCACAACCUCAACAACGUAUAUUACAAGCUGAAACUGAUCUAUCUAGUUUUAGACAACAACAACAAACACAAUCGGCAACGGAUUUACCAUUUUUACCUCCAUUUGUAAAUACAAAUCCGACACGAACAAAAAAACAUUCAUCAUCAGUUUCAACUACACCAUCACAUUCACAUGUAGAAUUAUCUAGUGGCAAUUCGAAGAAAAAAACUCAUUCACAUCCCGGUUCGUUAGGAGGUAAUCAAAUACCUCCUCAAUCAUCAUUAAAUAAAGAAGGAAUGUCUUCUUCACAACUCACAUCUAUGUCUUCUCAUUCGUCAUCGUCUUCUCAUCAUUCCGACGAUUGUUAUUGUACGGAUCCAACCACAACUAGUCAUCAACAUUAA